UAAAAAGUAUUAGUAAUAAAUAUAUUAAAACAGGUCACUCACGUAUCUUAAGUCGAAAUUCGCUCAGCAUGUUUCACUCCGUAAGCAUCAUCAGGAGCUCGCGUUGGCGGACCGGCGCAGACUGACGUGAUGUGUGGACGUGAGUGACCCGUUUUUAAUAUAUUUAAUAUGUCUGUGUCCCACGGAAGUUUUGUAUUAGUAAUAAGUUGAAAACUAGCUUAAAGUUAAUAGUUAUUAAGCUUAAACCAUGUUACAAAUAAGUUUUACAACGAGUCGCUUAAAAUAUAAUUAAACUAGGUUAUAUCUGUGUAUAAGCAAUCUAAGCUAUUUCUCUAUGCUAGUGGGUAAUAUUUUUCACUAAUUGAUUAGAUACAUACUUACAUAGGUAACGAUUGCGAAGUUAUUAGAGCUCCGUACAAAAAUUUGUUGACGGAGCUCUUAUGGGAUUACUUCAGUCUUCGGUCGGCUCUGAAACGGAUAUUUCACGGCUAAGCCCCCUUAAUUGAAGUUUGAGAAAUUUAUUGAUCGUUUUUCUUUCAACAUGGCAUACAGUGUAGAUGCAAGAUUACGGUGGUUAUCUGCGUAACGCGGGAGCCGCCGCAGGCGACGCGGGCCCUAAACUUGAUACGUUUUUAUCCCGACCCUCCCAGGUUUAAUGGUUUAACUUUACUGCCAACUUUAUCAUUGCAUAACAUGGGUAAUUAUUGUCUAACGACUGAAGGAACUGAGCCAAAUACUGAGUCAAAUAUAGGAAGUUACUCCAGUUUUUGGGACAAAAAUAUUUUUUCAUAACUUUAGACUAAAUAUACCUAAACUAUAGUUUCGUGUAUAGUUUUUUUUUUUUGGAUGUUCCAUCAUCAUAAUAUAUCUAUAGGUACAUAAUUAUCUUAGGUUAAUUUGGUGAUUACCUGUACAUAACAUUGAUAAGAGAAGUCUAUAUAAAUAGUGUCAAUAAAUUUUUAUUCAGCCAAUUUCGUGACAUAACAGUUUUUAGUUUAUUUCUACUAGUCCUUCAUUUUUCCUUGAAAACUAAUUUUGUAAAUACCUAAUAAUACAAUAACAAAAAACGCUGCUAACAAUUAACCUUCAGAAUGGAACUCACAGUUCAUCACAUCGCUGUUACAAGAGUCCGCAUGCCCAAUGGGUAUUAACCGUGAAAUAUACGCGGCCAUCACUCUUCAUUCUACCUCCUGCCCAACAUUUCUAAGGUUACGGUGAAAUGGGUGUCACAAAAAUUCACUCGAGUUCUGAAUUUAAUUUCUGUGAUGUAAAGAAAGAACUACUACUGUUGAAUGUAGUUUAAGUUCAUUGAAAUCUAUGUUACCUAAUUACCUACUGUCAAAAAAAGUUUUAUUAAAAAUAGAUUAAAUAGUUUUUAAUGACUGAUGUCAAUAGCAUCAUCAACUUUCAUCAAUGCAAACUUACAAUGUGACGGUGUACGUGUAUAUUACAUAUUAGGGAGGUAAUUUACACUUGUCUUUAUCAGGUGCAAGGUGCAAAAAGCUCUCGUAACCAUAGAAAACAAUUCAAUACUAAAACCCACUUGACAGAAUUUUAAAUUUACAUAAUUAUCGUUUUCAUUAUCUUGCAUUAGAAACGUUAGCUUUUUUUUUAAAUUAACUCAUUCAAGUAGAUACAAAACAUGAGCAUGUGCGAAGUUUACAUCAGCCGAUUAGGUUAAAUUACAGCGAACAUUAUAAGUAGAUCAACUAAGACACGGCACACCCGCUAAUCGAUCGCUCCAAUUAGAACACCAUCCGACAGUAAAAACGGCGAAUCUCGACUCGAGAGGGCUAUCAUUAAAUUCUAAUUAACGUUUACCAUCCGCAUGUGCACGCGCAGGUCCCGUCCCACGCCUGCGCACAAAUCGACGCGUAUUAUGACAAUAUCAAUAACUGUCAUUUCGCCCAAUCAUUAUAGUUUCGUCUCGUUUACGCAAAACUGCCGUAAUUACCGCGCCAUUACCUACGUCUCUUUCGAACUCAUUAAUCUCAAGUAACGCUGGUAACGAACCGCUCUUUCCAUUUCUUUCGCGCGAAACAAACGACGGCUACGCGGAAAAACGCGAUGGACAAAACUAUACCCAUCCUCUUUUAAUGCACUUGGAACGCUCGAAAAUGAAGUCGUCGCGAGCGUUUUCUUUUUUCACUUCAAAAUUAAAUGAUAGUUCCUUUUUCAAAAUGACAAGGCGAAAGUUGGAACAGUUUUGAAAUUGGAAGUUCCCCUCCACCCGAAGGGACUCGUUAGGCGCGGGCGCUUUUUUCAACAAAAAGAAAAUAAGGCUCGCGGGAAAGAGAGGUUUGGUGGAGGCUUUUUAUAGUCGUUGUUCCGAUGCGCUGGCGCACGGCGGUAUCGGAGCUUAGGAGCGAGCCUUAAUCUUAUUCUAAUAAAAAGCUUACGCAUAUAUUGCCGCGCUAUCAUUAAACUUGGAAAUUUAAAAUAGUUUUUUCACAAUGUGUAGUGACGUCGCGCUGUGAGGUUGCAUACGUGUUUACUAUGGACGGCACGUGCGUUUUAUCGUUUAUUUUAUGACUGGAUUAUGACGUUUAGUGAUUUUUAUUUUGUGGAAAAGGGUUGACGCUUUUAUUGAGCAAUCAUUAAGGUUUGAUCGUCCGAACUGUGUGGUCGUGUUAAUUUUUUUACAAUUGGCUGAAAAAUGAUUGAAUAUAUUAGUUGUGCAUAAGUGAAUACUAGUACUCACAAACCAGUUUGUUCAUCCCUUUAAAAUGUUUUUAAGAUUCGAACCAACAAAGUCCACAAAGGGCGCCAGCAAGAUGCGGCGUGACCUGAUCAACGCAGAGAUCUCCAACCUGCGGGACCUGCUUCCGCUGCCGCCCUCCACCCGCCAGCGCCUCUCGCAGCUGCAGCUCAUGGCCCUCGUCUGCGUCUAUGUGCGGAAAAUGAAUUACUUCCAACAAGUGUUUAAAAGUCACGACUUCAGCUACGAGUAUCAAGAGCAAGCAACACCAACACCUAACAUUGGAUUUUCAAAGGCAAUGAACGGUUUUAUGAUGAUGAUGACACAGAACGGAAAACUGUUGUACAUAUCGGAAAAUGCUGCGGAAUACCUGGGACACUCCAUGGAAGAUUUAUUAAUACAUGGCGAUAGCGUAUACGACAUUAUAGAUAGACAGGAUCACCAGACUGUUCAAACUGAACUGAAUAGAGGGAGCAAUGGAGAGACUGAAAACGUACCAAAGAAUAGGCAUUUCUUCUGUAGAAUGAACGUUUCAAGAAACGCGAGGAGACAAAUGAGAUUCGGAGAUCAAAAAGUGGCUCUAGUGCGGGGCCACUUCGUGUCGUACCUGCCACUGUGCAGCCGCAACGAGCCGGUAUUCCUGGCAGCGUGCACGCCGCUCGCCAUGCCCGAGACGCGCGAGUGCGUCGUGCACGGCGCCACCAACGUCUUCACAACGCUGCACACCAUGGACAUGAAGAUACUGCACGUCGACGCCAACGGUGAAUGGUACUUAGGUUGGAAGAAAUCAGAAUUGGUUGACGUGUCGUGGUAUCAGUUACUCCACUGGGACAGUUUGCGAGAAGCACAAAGUAAACAUAGACUAAUAACCCAGUCGGAGCAGGACAAGUGCUGCAUACUGCUGGUGAAGCUGCAGCAGCGAAGUGGGCAGUUCCUGUGGGUGCACGUCGUGCUGCAGGUGAAGGACGCCGCCGACGCUCCGCGACAGUUCAUCGUGGCCACUAACCAAGUUUUAAGUGAAGAGGAAGCUUCAAUUAUGCUUGCAAACUCCUGGCUAUACCAAUACUACGGCUACCAGAACCAACCCUGCGGAGUCUUAGAUCCCAGGUGCCAAAAGUUCUUUAGAAGAGAGAACACCUACCAGGACGCGUAUCAAGAAGCGUACCCUUAUGUAGAGAACCAGGAGGUCGAGUAUCCAGGGUAUCAUGUAUCUUCGUACGUGCCACAGAAGAUGGUUGAAGAUUUCAGUGGCUGUGAGAGGACAUAUUCAGAAAGAGGACCAGUCGACUAUUCUACUCACUCUCCGCAGUCUACGAUAAGUGAAGAAAGAUCUCCCCUGCACUUUGACCCUUCGCCGGAGGUCGUCGUGAACAGCAACAUGUAUAUGUACCCACACCCCGGCAAGCGAGAGUACUAUGAACAGUACUCAAGAGUCGGCUACCACGUGCAGGAGCCGUGUACCAGUACUGCGAUAGAAGGUAUGGAAUAUCCCAGUCCAAAGCGGAUGCGGCUGGCGCCCCUAACCUUGGAUACCGAUGGCAUGGACCGGUGGAACCCCAGCCCGCCCUGGUCCGACACCCUCAAGGCUCCUGAAUUCCAGCGGUUCGGCUACAACCACGUCGUACAACCCGAACGAGCAAUGGUUACUUAAGUCUAGCUUAACUCUCAAUGUGUUAUAAUUGUUAUAUGUAAAUAUGUAUGAGGAUUUCUUCUUCUCUUAAAAUAUGAUUUCCAUCAAAUCUUUGAUGAUUUUGCCAAUGUCAGGAUUUACAGAACUGUUUUUGUUUCAAGAAACGUCACUUUUGACACCGACAUUUCUGAUCCAUAUCGUAUUUAGACCUAAUAUUUGACGUAUCUUAAAGUUCGAAUCGGGCUGUAGGUUUUAUAUGUAAAUAAAACAGCGUCGCACCCUAUUAGGGACCGUCAAUUUCGG